AUGGCCGAUCAACUCAGCGGCGGCAUGGGCAACCUGUCCCUCGAUCAGGCUCCCGCGGCGGCUCAGCUCGCUGGUCAGCACCCCGGCGGUCGCUCUUACAUUCCUCCUCACCUUCGCGGCAAGAUUGGGGCUAAUGCCCCCCCUCCUGCCGUGAACAACGGACCUGCUCCUGGUGCCAUGAACGGGCUCAACAACAGUGCCUGGGCUGGCAACAACAGCUUCGAUGCUCGUGCCAACACCAACUUUGGUCCCACUCCUGGCGGCGCUGCUUCUUACGAGUCUGCCCCUCCCCCUCAGCAGCAGUCUUGGGGCAACCGUCAGGGUGGCUUCAACCGCAACGCCUACGGCGGUGGACGCUCCAAUGUCGGCGGUAACAUGGGCGGCGGCGGCGGUCCUAUCGGCCGCGGUGAGGGUCGCUGGAGCGAUGGCCAGCACAUCAUUGGCAACCCCGACCCGCGCGUCGAGCGUGAGCUCUUCGGCACUGCUGAUGACCCGAGCAAGCAGCACACUGGCAUCAACUUUGAGAAGUACGACGACAUCCCGGUCACUCCUUCCGGCCAUGAUGUCCCUGAGCCCGUCUUGACCUUCUCCCACCCCCCUCUGGACAAGCAUCUCUUGAGCAACAUCGAGCUUGCUCGCUACAAGAUCCCUACCCCUGUCCAGAAGUACUCGAUCCCCAUCGUCAUUGGCGGUCGCGAUUUGAUGGCUUGCGCCCAGACAGGUUCCGGCAAGACUGGUGGUUUCUUGUUCCCCAUCCUUCACCAGUCCUUCGUUCAGGGUCCUUCCCCCAUUCCUGCCCAGGGUGGCGGCGGCGGUGGUUACCGCCAGCGCAAGGCGUACCCCACUGCCCUCAUCUUGGCCCCCACCCGUGAGUUGGUCUCUCAGAUCUACGAUGAGUCCCGCAAGUUCGCCUACCGUUCGUGGGUCCGCCCUUGCGUUGUCUACGGUGGUGCCGAUAUAGGCUCUCAGCUCCGCCAAAUCGAGCGCGGGUGCGAUCUUCUUGUUGCUACCCCCGGCAGAUUGGUCGACCUCAUAGAGCGUGGUCGCAUCUCCCUCUGCAACAUCAAGUAUCUUGUCCUUGACGAGGCCGAUCGCAUGCUUGAUAUGGGUUUCGAGCCCCAAAUUCGCCGCAUCGUCCAGGGUGAGGACAUGCCUCUUACCGGCCAACGCCAAACUCUCAUGUUUUCGGCCACCUUCCCCCGCGACAUCCAGAUGCUCGCUCAGGAUUUCUUGAACGACUACGUCUUCUUGUCUGUCGGUCGUGUUGGUUCUACUUCAGAGAACAUCACCCAGAAGGUCGAGUACGUUGAGGAUGUUGACAAGCGCUCCGUCCUUCUUGAUAUCCUUCACACCCACGCCGGUGGUCUCACCCUUAUCUUUGUUGAGACCAAGCGCAUGGCCGACUCCCUUUCGGAUUUCUUGAUCAACCAGAACUUCCCCGCCACCUCGAUUCACGGUGAUCGUACCCAGCGUGAGCGUGAGCGUGCCCUCGAGCUUUUCCGCAAUGGCAAGUGCCCUAUCUUGGUUGCCACUGCUGUUGCUGCCCGUGGUUUGGAUAUUCCCAACGUCACCCACGUUAUCAACUACGAUCUCCCCACCGACAUUGAUGACUACGUUCAUCGUAUCGGUCGUACCGGCCGUGCUGGCAACACCGGUAUUGCUACUGCUUUCUUCAACCGUGGCAACCGUGGUGUCGUCCGCGAGCUCCUCGAGCUUCUCAAGGAGGCCAACCAGGAGGUUCCCGGCUUCCUCGAGACCAUUGCUCGUGAGUCUUCCUUCGGCGGUGGACGUGGCGGCCGUGGUGGUGGCGGUCGCGGUCGUGGCCGUGGCGGCAACACCGAUUUCCGCAAGGGCGGUGGUUUCAGCGGUGGCGGUGGUGGUGGUUAUGGCGGCGGUGGUUUCGGUGGACACAGCUCUGGCGGCGGCGGCGGCUUCGGCGGCGGCGGUGGUGGCUACGGCGGUGCUCCCCCCAGCGGAGGCUUUGGCGGCGGUGGUUAUGGCAGCGGCGGCGGCGGUGGUGGUGGUUACAGCGGUGGCGGCGGCUACGGCAACCCUGGCGGCGGUGGUGGUCAGUCGUGGUGGUAA